CUUUGCAGCUAGCUGCUUAAUUUUAAUUGAGGAGGACCGGAAGAGUUCGAUCGACAUGGGACGAGCACCGUGCUGUGAGAAGGUGGGGCUUAACAAGGGAACGUGGACUGAAGAAGAAGACCUGAAGCUGAUUUCCUACAUUCACAAGCAUGGCCACCCUAAUUGGCGAGCUCUCCCUAAACUUGCAGGUCUGCUUCGAUGCGGGAAGAGCUGUCGCUUGAGGUGGAUCAACUACCUUCGUCCCGAUAUAAAGCGCGGGAACUUCACCGAGGAAGAAGAAGAAACCAUCAUCAAGUUGCAUUCCGUUCUAGGAAACAAGUGGUCGAAGAUCGCGUCUUGCUUGCCGGGGAGGACGGACAACGAGAUCAAGAACGUGUGGAACACACACCUGAAGAAGCGAGUGGAGGAGGGGCGGCGGAGGAGGGAAGAGGUGACGACGACGAGCACUACCGCCGCCGCCACCACCUCCUCCUCCAGCGAUUCGUGCCUGCUGGAGAUAAACCUGCCGGAGGACGCCGUGCCUGAGGAGGAGAUGUGGCUGCUCUUAGAAAAUGGUGGCGGCGGCUGCACGGAGCUAGCUCCCGGGGGAGUGGAGAAAGAAGAAGCGAGGGGGAGGGAGGAAUUAGAGACGAGCAGAGAAUGGCUGGACUACUUGGAGAAGGAGCUCGGCAUUGGAAGUGAUCAUGGCAAUGGCAAUGGCAUUGAGCUAGUUGGUUCAUGGGAUGAGAUCGUGGAGGGAGAUCCAGUGUCGAGUUACUUUGACUUUUCUACGAUAGAUCCUGUUGACUUUAUGUCGUAAGGCAAUUAGAUGGUAAGUUUCGUGCUUAGUAUUUGGACUGUGUGAUCGAUUGAAUUGUUGUAUUUGGAGAGUUCGAUAUAUUGGAUUCGAGCAUAGGCAUGUAUAUCUUCCUUCUACCUUUGACUCAGUCGGGUGGUCAACUCCGACAUGUAAAAAAUAUAUUUAUAGUUUUUAAUAUAUUUUAAUGACAUCCA